AUGGCUAUGUUAGCAACACUCUCCCUUCUUCACGGACGUGUUCCAGGAGGAUCCAUCGGAUUAUUCACCUUAGUGGCGGUGGUUUUCCCUCUUGUAUACGCCAUCAUCAACGAAUUCAUUCGCGCCUCCGCACGUAUCCCUGGUUUGAAAGGUCCGCAGGGUCUGCCCAUCAUCGGAAAUCUCGCCCAGAUCCGCAAGAACGCGGCGGAGCAGUAUCGCAAGUGGUCUAAGAAAUAUGGUCCUGUAUAUCAAAUCCAAUUAGGCAAUGUGCCGAUUGUGGUCGUCAACUCUGCCGCAGCGGCCAAGAUUCUCUGGGGACAAAACUCCCAGGCUCUCAGCUCCAGACCAGAAUUCUACACCUUCCACAAGAUUGUCUCUAGUACGUCGGGCACUACAAUUGGGACGUCUCCAUACAGCGAAUCGUUGAAGAGACGCAGAAAAGGUGCGGCGUCUGCCUUAAAUCGCCCGUCGGUGGAAACAUACAUACCGCAUCUAGACAUAGAAACGAAAACAUUUGUUUCUGAGCUGCUCAGUCACGGUGGUAAGGGACAGUUGUCUGUGGACCCUACACCUAUGAUUCAGCGGCUCAGUCUCAGUAUGUCCCUGACCCUAAACUGGGGGAUGCGAGUAGAAUCUCAGAACGAGCUAUUUCACGAGAUCACUCAUGUUGAAGAGGAAAUCAGCAAGUUCAGAAGCACCACAGGGAAUCUACAAGAUUAUAUCCCAGCUUUACGCCUGAUGCCUUUCAACUCGAACUCUAAAAAGGCGAAUGAGAUGAGGAACCGACGGGAUAAGUACUUGCGGUCUUUGAACGAGGAUUUAGACCAACGAAUUCGCGAAGGGACCUACUCACCUUGCAUACAAGCGAACGUGAUAUUGAAUAAGGAAACUAAGAUCAAUGCCGAAGAACUUACAUCCAUCAGUCUCAGCAUGUUAUCGGGUGGUCUAGACACCAUCACCACCCUCGUUACGUGGAGCUUUGCAUGUCUCUCCCAAAGACCCGAUAUUCAAGACAGGGCAGCAGCCGCAAUCGCAGAGUUCUACAACCUGGAUGAACCACUUUGCCAUGCUGCCGAUGAUCAAAAAUGCACAUACGUGGCUUGUCUCGUGAAGGAGUGCCUCCGAUAUUUUACCGUCCUCCGGCUGGGUCUACCUCGAGCGUCGACAAAAGAAAUAAACUACGACGGGGUCGUCAUCCCCAAAGGCACAACCUUUUUCCUGAAUGCCUGGGCGUGUAAUAUGGACCCCGAGGUUUGGAACGAUCCUGAGGAGUUUCGACCGGAACGAUGGACCGAACAGCCCGAAGCCCCCAUGUUCACCUACGGAAUGGGUUAUCGCAUGUGUGGAGGGUCCCUUCUUGCUAAUAGGGAGAUGUAUCUGCUCUUUAUGCGCACUCUAAACAGCUUCCGCCUUGAGUCGGCAGAGCCAGUGGAAUGGGAUCCAGUGCAAGCAAAUUCUGAUCCCACUAGCUUGGUUGCCAUUCCCAAACAGUAUAAGAUCAAAUUCAUUCCCAGGAAUGUGCAGGCGCUGGAGAAGGCUCUGGUUUGA